UGGUCAUAUCAUGUUAUAUUUCGUAUCUAAUACGGACUUAACUAGUCACUGACAAUCCCGCAAACUAUCAAUUCUAGGAAAUACAAUACCUACCAUUAUAACAUUGAAGUCUCAUUACAAGCCAAUUUCAGCUUUAUGCAGUUUAAAAUCAACUAUUUCGCUCUUGGUUUACCAAAUAAUACGACAAUUGGAAGUAAUAACAUUCACUAUGACGUAUUUAGAUGAUAUGAUGGUAGAGAUUACUGAGCAUAGAGACGAGAGGUGGCAAGACGCAUGUUCCUUGGUGUUAUCGCAAUGUGUUGAUCAUUUUGUAAAGACAAAACGAUUCUCCAAUCGGCUUAACGUAAUUUGCCAGCCAUUCUAUUUGGCUUUGAUCCUCGUCGCUAUAAUGAUCGUGUGCGUGUGUACAGUUAAAAUUGCAGUUUCGCAUGGAUUAACUUUAGAUGCAGUGAAAUAUUGUCUCCACGCACUUUGCUUUAUCGUCAUUAUUUUCUUAUUCUCCUUCUUAGGACAACAGCUUGAGAACCAGUGUGAAAAGCUGGAAGUAGCAGUAAUGGAGAAAUGGUAUAUUUACGACAAGAAACAUAAAGUCAACGUGCUAAUUUUCAAUAUUGCUCUCAGCCAGCGCAUGCCGAUAUAUAUUUUUGGAUCCAUUCCUUUGUGCUUACCAACAUUCACAUGGUUCAUGAAUACUGUAAUGUCAUUCUUCACACUGGUAAUGUCGGUUAUAGAGACAUAAAAAGGAAGAAAUAAAUAAUCUGGAUUAAUUCGGGUUUAGAUACACC